CAAAGCACAAGAGAUCAUGGCGGAGGCCCCGGGAGCGCCGGGCAGGGACCCGGGGUAAACGCUAAACCCAGAUUCAGACGCAGAGAACUGGAUGGUUGAUAGCGGCUGACGGGAACGAGGUCGGACCUCAGUGCUCCUCUGACUGUCCUCAGUUUUCCUGGUGGAGUCGGCUGGUUCACCAAAAGCUCCGAGCAGAAGAGAGGGCAGCGUUUAAGUAAAAGGCCUUGGAGUUCUGAGUCUCUACCUCUCCACGUCUUGUGAAGGUGUGACUCAGUUCACCUAUCUGUAAGGCGGGGCCAUUAUUCCCCGCCUCGUGGGUGGGGAAAUCGUGAGGCAGAACGAGGAGGCCGCCGGCCCCGCCACGGCCCGGGAGCAUGUUUUCCCUCCUGCAGACCGUUGUCUGGUGAGGAGAGUCUUCGUUCCCGUCUGCACUUGGGAAAUGAGAACGUCCCCUUGGCCGCGGGUGCCCACCUCCCUGGGCUGGGGGAAUAUCCGGAAGUGCCCCUACGGAAGCCGGCUGGGCUGCACGGCGCUUCACCAUGGCGACGGCUGGGGCCCCGCGGCGCUUCUGCCGCUGUGCCUGCUUCUGCUCCGAGAACAUGUACGUGGCGCGCUACGGGCUGCACGUGCGCUUCCGGGGCGAGCAGCAGCUGCGCCGAGACUACGGCCCGAUCCUGCGCAGCCGCGGCUGUGUCAGCACCCAAGACUUCCGGCAGCUGUUAGCAGAGCUUGAGCAGGAGGUGAAGCGGCGGCAGCGUUUGGCGCAGGAGUCGGCUGCCAGGAAAGCUCUCAUCGCGAGCUCCUACCACCCUCUGAAGCCUGACAUCUACAACUCGCUGCAGGAUGCAGCUUUGGCUCCCAAGUUUCUGGCCGCGGCUGAGUACAGCACAUUCCCGGGUGCAGACCUCGAGGGACUUCUCCAGCGGCUAGAGACAGUAUCAGAGGAGAAGCGCAUCUACCGGGUGCCUGUGUUCACAGCACCGUUCUGCCAGGCCCUGCUGGAGGAGCUGGAGCACUUUGAGCAGUCAGACAUGCCCAAGGGAAGGCCCAACACCAUGAACAACUAUGGGGUGCUACUACAUGAGCUAGGCCUGGAUGAGCCGCUGGUGACGCCACUGCGGGAACGAUUUCUGCAACCACUGAUGGCCCUGCUGUACCCAGACUGCGGUGGGGGCUGUCUGGAUAGUCACCGUGCCUUUGUGGUCAAAUAUGCGCUGGGCCAGGACCGUGAGCUGGGCUGCCACUAUGAUAACGCUGAGCUCACCCUCAACGUGGCCCUGGGCAAGGCCUUCACUGGGGGUGCCCUCUACUUCGGAGGCCUCUUCCAGGCACCUGCAGCCCUGACGGAGCCCCUGGAAGUGGAGCAUGUGGUGGGCUGGGGCAUCCUGCACCGGGGUGGCCAGCUGCAUGGGGCCCGGCCCCUGGGCACUGGUGAGCGCUGGAACCUCGUCGUCUGGCUCCGGGCCUCUGCUGUGCGUAACCAACUCUGCCCCAUGUGCUGCCGGAAGCCUGACCUGGUGGAUGACGAGGGCUAUGGUGAUGGCUUCACCCGAGAGGAGCCCACCAUGGUGGAUGUGUGUGCGCUGACUUGAGCCUGGGUUGGCCCAGUGUGGGAGGUGGUAUGGCAGAUGAAGGCUCUGCCGCCUUCGAUGGGGAGGGGCAGAAAUAAACUGUGCAGUCCACAGCGAUUCUUGGUUCAAAAGGACAUGCCGGCUUCUGGGUUAUUCUUUCCGCAGACAGGCUGGCUUAGUUCAGGUUUGUUGGAAGCAGAGCCUGAUAUGGCAUUCCCGGAGGGAGUAUCCUCAGGAGGAGAGUGAAGGAGCAGGAGAGGGCUUGGGGAGCAGCUGGGUAAAGAUGUGGUUUCAGAUGAAGUCCAGCCUCUGCCUGACCCCAUGGAGAAUCUGGAGCAUGAAUCUACCACAAUUUGCCCCCAGCAGCAGUUAGUGGCUAUGGAUUGGGUGGGGCAGGGGGACAGAGAGGGGUGAGUAACUAACUUCCUGACAUCUAUCUCCAGGGCAGGGGGUCUCCCAGUGACCAAGGGAAGCUUCCAGAGAAGAGUAUAGGUGUGAAUUGUCAGCAUUGGACACCACCGCUGGGGGAUUUGGUUGGGCCACUAGUGUCUUCUAGAUGGGUGUUGGCUUAUUGCAGGCGCGCUAAGAUCAGGGACUGGAGCCAGACUGGGUUCAAAUUCUGGUUCUGCUUCUUAAACUGUGUAGUUGUGAAUUAGCAACUUAACCUCUGUACCUUAGUUUCCUCAUCUGGAAAGUGCUUACCUCCAAGAGCUGUUGUGAGAAACAAGUGAGUUAACAUUUAUAAAGUCCUUUAUAACAAACA